UACAAAUUUUAAAUGUAACGUCAUUUAUAAAUGAAAUUGAAAUGAUCUGUUAAUUGUAACUAAUCAAGUGAAAAUAAAAGAGUUUCAUGUUUUGAUUUAUGUCUUGACAGAGCACAGUUGUAAACCCUGUAUGUGAUGGAAAUGCAUGUUCUCCCAAAAGACCCUGCUAAUUGGCUUACCACGAAAAGUCCAGAAAUAGCUGAACAAGAAGUGUUGUGACGGAGGGGAUGAGGAUCUUGAAGAAUUGGUUCUCAACUGGCCCUGCUUCUGUCCAGACGCUGUCUGUCAACUGCUGCGAUCGAGUGGAUUUCAAAGGCUGAUUCAGGAGAGAAUAUCUGCCACCCAGGUAAAAUGGCUGAUACCACAGAAGCUGAGAGCUGAGCAUCACACAUUGCCCCCCUUUCUUUGUUCGAGGAUCAUUUUAUGUGGACAUUUCCCCCUCCCAUUUCAAUUAUCUCAUCAUGGCUAUGCAUGAUAUGAGUCGUGCCAAGGGUUACCCUUGCAAAGAAUGCAACAUGAUUUGCCCAAGUACACCUAGCCUCCUUGAGCACAUGAAAGUCCACUACCAUCAAGAAGAAAAUGGCAGGUUUGAGUGUGAACAGUGUGGACGCAUCUACAAGCAUGCAGGUAGUUUGGCUGCACAUAAAAAGUCCCAUGAAUUGGGCUCCUUCCAGUGCCCUGUGUGUACCAGAACGCUACCCAAUUCUGUGGCAUUGAAGAAUCACCUACGUGUCCAUACCCUGUCUCCCAGUGCCCAGGCUGAAGAAGAGAAUGAAGACGCCCUUGAAGACGAGAGGGAUUACGGUCUAGCCCAAGACCUUUCUGACACAGGUUUCAGAAGUCACCUCAACAACAGUGGAUUGAUGACAGGCCACGACCCAGAGAACCACAACGACAAGCAGAAGUCUCCUGGGUCUGAAGAUGCCUGGGACAGACCCUUCAAGUGUGACCAGUGUGACAGAACCUACCGCCACCACGGCAGCCUAGUAAACCACAAGAAAUCUCACCAGGAAGGCACCUACAAAUGCUCUGAGUGUUACAAACAGUUCAACAAUUUGGCUGCUCUGAAUGCCCACGAACGCACCCACUCAAAGUUUAAACCCCCGGGGAUGUCCAUGAGCUCUACUGUGCCUCCAUCUGAUCCAAGGCCUCCAGCUUCCCAAAACGAUGACAUGGCGGCCUGCUUCUGUCACCUGUGCCAGGUAGCUCUGCCCAACAAGACUGACUUUCAAGAGCACAUUCUGUUGCAUAACGCGGCCUCAUCUUCACUGGGGCUCACACGCAGUUUUCCAGGGAUAGUGCCUCAUAACUUGAGCACUGUUCGCUCCCCAGGUGUCAACCCAUACACACCUGCCCUUGGUGACCCUUUGCCAUUGCCCCCGUUACCUGACAAACGUGGACCGUACGACCAAAUGCUUGGUCCCCCUGUCAAUAAUGCCAUAUACACAUGUGCUUACUGUGGAGCAGGGCAUCCAGACCUGGAGAGCCUCAAAGCUCACUACCUGACCCAUGACCCUCAUCCGAACUCUCAUGCCCAAGAGGGCCCAUCCAUUCUGAAUUCUGAGGGACUGGGCUCCAACUCCCAGGCAACCGUGUCUUCGCCUGCUGGAGAUGCUAGGGGGCAGCAGCAGUCCUCAGCAGUUGACGACGCGGAGCGCAGAUUCAAAUGCCAAGAGUGUGGGAAAAGCUAUCGGCACGCCGGGAGCCUCGUCAAUCACAAACGCUCCCAUCAAACGGGCCAUUACCAGUGCACCAUAUGCUGCAAACAGUACCCACACCUGGCUGCCCUACACAGUCACCUCCGUAGCCAUAAGACUCGGCCAACCACGCAACCUAUGAGCGCAGAGGGUGACUGGCUCUCGUCAGAGCCAUUGACAGGCCUAGAGUCUCAGCAGGGCUUUGUCCAUUCUCAAGAUCAGGAGAGUGGAGCCACCACCCCUAUCUCCUUGCCUGGAAAUCUUGGUGACGCAGCUCAUUUUGUCCCUGAUGGCGGUCACAGCAGCGGACUGGAUUCACUGGAAUUCCAUGACCGCUUCGAUGGCUCUUUGGCUCAGGGUAACUCAGGCCAUUCUCCACUGCCACAAAGCCACCGCCAAGCAGACAGGCACAUGUGUGCCGACUGCGGAGAAAUGUACUCUGACAUCUCUGGUAUAAAAUCCCACAUGUGCUCGCAACGACGUCAGAACCAGAGUGGAAUGGCCAAUGGCUUUAUUGGAAACAUGGGCUUCCACAGCCCAGGAGGUGCUGCCCUUCCGUCAGGCAGUGCCAUCAUGAAAGAGGGCAGUGGACAGAGACGUGGCCAAGAGCAGAUGCAGUUUGGAGGAGGCCACUCGCAUAGCAAUGCUCAUGGCAAUUCCAAGCGAAUGGACAAUAAAGAUGACGAUGAUGAUGGCGAGGUUUACCAGUGUUCCGUCUGUGGGAACCACUACGCUAGCUUGAGAGCCUUGAGGAGCCACUUGCGUAGCCAUGGAAACCAAAGCGCCGGUCCCUCCGCCCUUUCUCCCACCAGCGAGCAGGAGUGGAGGAGGCGGCAAGAGGGCAGUGAAGCAAGUCUGUUAAUCUGCAGCACAUGUGGCCAGAGCUUCACCAGAAAACAGGACUUGCUCAACCACCAGCUAGUCCAUGGACCACCCAGGCCGGAUGGAUCUUCACAGGGCAUGGGGGGCAACAGCUCUAAUGCUAAUGGCAAAAUGGAUGGAAGGAACCACAUUUGCGUUGACUGUGGCAUGUUCUUUGCAGAUCGCCAUCAUCUGAUCACUCACCUGUGCCCAGGCAAGGCAAGAAGCAGAGUCCUGAACAAAGGCAUGAACGGAGCAAAAGGGAUGACGGGUGGUGCUGGGACCAGCAGUGGUGGUGGUGGUGGUAGUGGUGGUGGUGGUAGUGGGCCUGUGGACCAUCGGCAGAUGCCAGACCAUGGCGACCGGCCGCACAGGUGCGACCAGUGCGGGAGGAGCUACAGGCAUCCCUGUUCCCUGCUCAACCACAAGAAGUCACAUAAGACCGGGGUCUUCCGCUGUCUCGUCUGCCAGAAACGCUACUACAACCUUCUGGCCCUCAAGAACCAUCAGAGGACUCAUUUUGACUUAAAGAGGCAUAAGUGUGAAGAGUGUGGGAAAGCCUUCAAGAUCCAGAAGCAGCUGAUCAACCACCUACGGUUGCACGAAGAACACAGAGCCAAGGUUCAAGUCGGUGACCAGCGCCUUCAAGGGAUGUCGCAGCCCAACGGAGCCCGUUACCAGGGAGGGCCCUCCCAGCUCCAGGACAUGAGAGGUGGUGAACUCAAAGUCCCCAACCCUGCUAUGGCGGCUAGGUACGGACAGCAACAAGACUUUAAGAAGCCCUACGCAGGAGCUAGGGCUCAGCAAGUUGAUGAUGGUACCGGCCGCCGUCCCUUUGCCUGUGACCAGUGUGGACGCACAUACCGUCACGCUGGCAGUCUUGCCAAUCACAAAAACCUCCACAAGACAGGUGAAUAUCACUGUAACGUGUGCAAUUCCACCUACCCUAAUAGGCUGGCCAUGAAGAACCAUCUGCGCAUGCAUUUCGCCCUCAAGAAGUUCACCUGCUCUGACUGCGGCAAGGGCUUUAGAACCCAGAAGCAGCUCGAGGUCCACACCACCAACCAGCUCUGCAAAGACCUUCCAGGCACCAGUGCACAGACCACCACCACCACCACACCCGACUAUGAGUGUGAUGGGUGUGGAGAGAGCUUCUCCACUGCCACUGAUCUGGCAGCGCAUGACUGCAGUGCUCAGCUGCCCUCCUCCUCAGCUUCCCUCAAUAGUUCCACCCUGAGCAUGGAGGCUGGAGACCUCGGCUCCCCCGAACGGGACGAGCGCCCCUUCAGCUGCGACCUCUGCGGCUGCUCCUACAAGCACGCCAGUAGCCUGCUGAACCACAAGAACACGCACAAGACCGGCAACUUCAGCUGCUCCUACUGCGACAAGCCCUACACCAACUACAUGGCACUGCGCAACCACAUGCGCAUCCACACGCAGAAGAAGAGGCACAUCUGCAACACCUGCGGCAAGGCCUUCCGGCUGGCCCGCUUCCUCCGCAACCACCAGAGAGUCCACGAGGAGGGCCACACGCGCUUCGGCUGCCCCACCUGCGGGAAGAGCUUCCAGGGUCGGUCUGGGCUGGCCAGGCACCGCUGCGGGGACAACCAGGUAGGCAAGGUGGGCAGGAGGAAGGACACUUCAAGCACGAGAGAGGGAGAAGAGUGCCGGUUCACAUGUGAGCAAUGCGGUCGCUCCUAUCGGCAUGCUAGCUCGCUUCUGAACCACAAAAACACCCACACCGUUGGCAUCUACCAUUGCGCCGUUUGCCUCAAGACCUACUCCAACCUGCUCGCGUUCAAGAAUCACCGCCGCAUCCAUUCUGAAACGCGGCGUCACCGUUGCUCCGACUGCGGCAAAGCCUUCCGUGUCUCCUCCCAGCUCCACAACCAUCGCCGCGUGCACAUGAAGGAACGGGAGCUGGCCUGCUCCCUUUGCCAGCGAAGCUUCCCCAGCCAGGCCAGCUUCCGGCUCCACCUGGAGAUGCAACACAGCCGUGGCCCAAAAUCCUCGCAUCACCAUCAUCAUCAUCACCAUCAUCAUCAUCAGCAGCAGCAGCAGCAACAGCAGCCGGGUGCAUCUUCUGGGAACUCUGACUUAAGCUGGGGUUCAGGGCUGGACCUCACCCUGAUGCAGGCCCAGGGAAUUGACCCUAAUGGACUCCCCAAACUGAACCCCUCUGUCCAUGGCUCCAGCGGUGGUGGCGGCGGCAACGGCAGCAGCACGGGCGGGCAACCGCAGUCGCUGCAACGGAGCCGCGGGGAGACGGGACGUAAGCCGCACGUGUGCGACCAGUGCGGCCGCGCCUACCGACAUCCCAGCUCCCUGCUGAAUCAUAAAAACAGCCACAAGACCGGUACUUACUUUUGCAACUCUUGCCAGAAGGAGUUCUCCAAUCUGAUGGCGCUCAAGAACCACAGGCGGAUCCACACCGAGCCCAAACGCUACCAGUGCCCGGACUGCGGCAAGGCCUUCCGCGUCUCCACCCAGCUCAUCUGCCACCGACGCAUUCACACCAAGGAGAAGCCCUUUUCUUGCCAGCAGUGCGACAAACGCUUCUCCAGCAAGUCCAACCUGCGCCACCACCAGAAGGUUCACUGGAACAGUUCGACACCCUCGUCCACCAGCCUUACGAUGGGCGCCACCAACUUUUUGGGUAUGCCUUCGGGCCCCUUUCUAUAAGUAGCUGUUGCGGGGGGGAUGAGUGGAAAUGGGAGGCACAAGUAGUGUGAACAAGAAAAAAAAAAAAAAAUCAAUACUAAGGUCUUUGGAGGUGCCAAAAAAAAAAAACAAACGUUGCCCCCCCCUCCCUCCCCCUUUUCAUCCACCACCAUCUUCUGUUACCUUAGUGUUUAGAUGUGUCACUGUGAGAUGUCCUCAUAGAGCAGGUUCUGAUCUCAUUUUAGUUGGUUGCACAUCUGCUACUUUUUUUCCGUGCAUGCACUGUUAAGACAUGGGGUGAGAUGAAGGACUUCAUAUGGACCAUUAAUGCCACUUAGGGACUCCCGAAUCGGAGUGACAUUCCUGGCCCCGCCCACCAAUAAUCCGAAACUACCAACCACGGUUGACCUUGCCUACAUUUCACUCGAUGCCCCGUGUCAGACAAUUGACUGCCUUCUGGGUUAAACCGUUCUCUCAGCGUAGCGAGGUACGGUCGACUCAUCCGUUAAGCCGUUCAAAACUUAGAAUUGAAAAAGCUGUAAUCAUGUGGCAUUAGAAGAUGAACUGUCCUGGUGGGCUGUCUUUGUGGUACAUUACUUCAUGUUUCCUAAGUGGUUAUUGAUAGCUUAGCUGUGUCACAAUUUUAAAGACGUCACGAUGAACAUGACAGAUUAGACGAGUGGAAUUGCUAAUGUGUCGUCCCAGAGAAUAAACUGUAAAUAUCACAGCAAGGAUUUACCGAAGUCACUGAGAUAGUUUAAUGGGUCAAAAGCAGAGCAAGGUUUGGAGGAUAGGU